GCUAACUAGUUGCUCUAUUUAUAAGGCCUUCCUUGCUCAUAUUUAUUCUAAAGCAAGUAAAGCCAUUUGUGUUGUCACCACGUUGAACUUAACACACUCUUCUAGAAUUACUUUUUUAUUUCCAUGUCAAAAAAUGUUUCCUCAGUAAACAAAUAUGAAACAACGGUAGCAUUUCUACGUCAAUGUAGAUACUUUUUCAAGCUUAAAUCAAUCGAUCACCGAAAAGAAUUCUUCAAAGGCCUAAUUGACCAUUAUAUGAAUCCCACUAAGCUUGCAAUGGCCUACAGUAAACUUACUUCAGCAAUACCAUUCUGGUUCCCUUCCGAUCAUUUUAGCUAGUUUGAGAUUUCCAAUUAUAGCUCUCUUUGUACUAUGCUUAGAGACAACCUAGAGAUCCGGGUACUGUCGCUUUCGAUUUCGACAUCAACUUUGAUCAUUUCCAAAUGCCUUGUGAUGUUUCCUGAUGAAGGAGUAAGGAAUGACAUGAAGUCGGAGACUUAAAAAAAUUGCAGUCUUGUAAAUAUUCGCAAUUUGUUUCCUGCUGCUCAUCCCUACUUAUUAAGAUACUUAUCCUGCCUUUUCGAUGUAUUCUAUAGCGACAUAUGUAGUAGCAUUUCGUUUUAUGGUCUUUCUAAAUUCAGAAAAAUGCUGG